AUGCCAACAAAACCCGUUGAAAAAAGCCAAUAUGACACGAGGAGGGACAUUAUUGCCCUCCCAAAUCAUGGUUUGCCUGUCAGCGAAAUUGUGAAGGAAACUGGAGCCUCAGAAAGCACUGUGUACCGAGCGGUUGCCAAAUACAAAAAAGAAGGGCAUGUCUGCUACCUACCCCGCUCCGGCCGCCCAUCAAUCCUCUCAAAAGCAGAGAUCUGA